AUCCAGGAGGAAAUCCAUAACAACCAUGAAUUGAUCCAGACAUACCGUCAGCACAUUUCUAAUGAGGUCAACCAACACAAUCUGCAAUUGUUUGUUGAUGCUUACAACAGCCGAAGAGAUCUUGAGAUUGAGAGGCCAGUUCUUGGGGGAAAUGCAAACAUUAAAACCUUAAAGUGUCCAACAUUGCUGGUAGUUGGAGACAGCUCACCUGCUGUUGAUGCUGUAGUGGAAUGCAAUUCUAAAUUGGACCCAACAAAGACCACACUUCUUAAGAUGGCUGACUGUGGAGGAUUGCCUCAGGUGGACCAGCCCGGAAAGCUCACAGAAGCCUUCAAGUACUUUAUUCAAGGAAUGGGCUAUAUGCCCUCUGCCAGCAUGACACGUCUUGUUCGAUCUCGCACUGCAUCAAACUCUAGUGUGACAUCAUUUGAAGGCAACCGAAGUCGUUCCCACACAGGAGAAGGCAACAGAAGCCGCACUCACACUACUGAUGGGUCCCGCAGCCGCUCACACACCGAUACACAGCUCGACUCCAGCAACGGCCCUGGAGUCCUUGACCAAUCCGUUCACAAAUCUGCAGAAGUGUCCUGUUAAAACAGUGUUUUCUUACUCCUGCACAGAGCUACCUGUGCUGCAUUGCUGCUGAGUAUGAAGUGAAGUUCAGAGGACCAAAGGGUUUCUUCAUUGUCAGGGUUUUUUUUUUAGAUAAUAGUAAGCAAUGCGAAGUAUAAAUGACUUUUUCAAAUUCACAUAAUGUAAGUUUCCUGUACCCAAUGUAAUAGUAUUCUGACAGAGCAUUCCAAUAUUGCAACCACUUCCAGAGAAAACAAAAUAUUUAUACUUAAUGGUUAACUUUUUAAAGUUUUAGUCCAGAUCAACAGAUUCUAAAAGUUAAAUUAAUGACUACUGAGACGUGCUUACUUACUUCAGAUACAUAUGGCUUCCUUUUGUUCUAAUCCUGGUGGUGUGGGCAGCUGUGCAACAGAGAGGACCAGCAGCAAAUGACUUGGCUGCAAUUUCUAUACAGAUUGUACAUAUUUAAUUUGUAAUAACUUUAAAUAUUUAACAGAAAUAUUAAUAUUGAAUAGGGGCCAGUUUCUGCUUUUUUUUUUCUUUUUGAAAAACCUGCAAAUUCUACAGUGUCAGCUUACAAAAAAAUUGUGACAAUCUUGAUAAAUUGUUGUUGGCUGGACUUGUGAUUGGCACUGGUUUUAAGUGUGUUUUUGUAACUCAAAUGGAAGUACUGACACUAUAAGCUUGCAGACUGUAGGCUUGAGGCUCAAACUGUAUUAUCUUCUGACUUUUUUGAAUCUUGCAGCAUUCAAAGCAGUAGUUUUUUGAUUAUAAGGUUCACCUUGUUUCACUGAUGACUGGUUUUUAUGCCAGCAUUGGUAACCAUCUGGUUGUGUGGCAACUUAAUUAACAAACCAAACGAUCAAAAUAUGUAACAAGUUGCUAAAUUCUUUAGAAUUUUUUUGUAAAUGCAGAAAAUGAUUUAUUAAUGAUUGAACUGCUUUGUAAGUUAUGCAGUUCUAUGCAGUUGUGAUUAAAAAUAACAAAGUGCCAUUGAUCCAGGAUUUACAGUUUAAGCUUUUUAGAUGCACAGAAUAUUUACAGUAAUUAUCUUGUCAAAGCAUUUGAUGGGGUAAUUCCUGAACUAAUAAGCUUUAUACCUUACAUACUGCUUAGCUGAAAUCAUUUUUGAUUGUUGCUUUAGUGGGGGGAAAAUCAAAAUAUGUAAGGAUGCACAAUUGUAGAGAGGGGUAAAGCUUUGUUUUCUUAAUGAUGUGAAUAUUUGUAUUUAUUUCUAAAUAAAAUUUGUAACUUUGCAAAAA